CUCAUAGUGACUCUACUGUCUCUACACUUAAACUUACAGUCACUAAGUUCUAACUUCUUUAUUUUAUAUUAAACUAACUUGUAAGUUGUAAACUUCUGUUCGAGUUCACUGUAAAACUGAGUCUGAGUCAGUGAGUGUUGUUUAGGUUACUCGCUCUCACUCAACUCACUGAGAGUAAAUCAGUAGUAGUGGAAAAUAAAUGGCAAGUCAGUUGAAGUGCAUGAAAAGAAAAGAACUAGAAUCCUAUUUGCAAGAUGUUGAAGUGUUUGAUAAUCCAAAAGUGAAACUUGAGCAAUAUCCUACAACACCACACAUUGCAGCAUGUAUGUUACACACAAUGUCAGCUACUUAUGAUGAUUUAGAGGGCAAGCUUGUGGCAGACCUUGGUGUAGGUUGUGGUGUAUUAAGCAUAGGGGCUGUUAUGUUAGGAGCUGGCUAUGUUCUAGGAAUAGACAUUGAUGAAGAUGCCUUAGAAAUUUGUAAUACCAACAUAGAGGAAUUUGAGAUUUCAUCCAUAGACCUAGUCAAUUCAGAUGUUAAAACCUUAUUCACAUCAGGCCAUCAAUCCAGUCCAUUGUACAAAAAAUUUGAUACAGUCAUUAUGAAUCCUCCAUUUGGAACUAAAAGAAAUGAAGGAAUUGAUACUGAAUUUCUUCAGGCAGCAUUGAACCUAUCAAACAAUGCAAUUUACUCCCUUCACAAAACAUCAACAAGAGAGCAUAUUUUAAAAAAGGCAGCUAGUUGGAAUGUUGAUGCAACUGUUAUUGCUGAGCUUCGGUUUGAUCUGACUAACACUUUCAAGUUUCACAAGAAAAAAUCUGUUGAUAUCGAAGUAGACUUUAUAAGAUUUUCUCACAAGAAACCAUGACCUGCUCAUGUCAAAAUAAAUUGCAAUAAAUUACUGAAUGUCUGGCACAGACUUGUACAUAAUAUUAAAUACUAUUGAACUUUU